CUCAGGAAGAAAGCAGAGGAUUUAGAGUCCUGGUGAGCUAGCUAGCGCCUUGGCAAGCCCCAGACGCUGGGAUAGGAAGGAGGUCUGUGCUACAACAGGUUAAUAAAAAGGUCCCCGAGUUGCUCCAGAGGCGGUGAUGCUUUAACACAACCGGUUGAAGACUCUACAGCAUCAUGUCUUCCUUUCACAGGAACAGCAGCUUUGAGGGACAUGCUGACUACUCUGGCUAUUCAGGGUCUCAGGAUCAUCUAGAAUUUCCAGGUUCUCUGGACAAUCCAGGCUUCCACCGUCCCAGGAACAACCCAUAUUCUUCCGGCUCUAGAACAAAUCCAGACUACCCCAGCUCUCUAGUGGAAGCAGAUUAUCCCGGAUCUCUAAGUAACACAGACUAUCACAGCACCAGGAGUCCUUCAUUCUCUGCACAUUCCAGAACAAGGCCAGACUAUCAGGAGUCUUUUCCUAAGCCAGACUAUGAUGACUUCCAGAGCAAUCCCUACCGCACAGGCUCAUCCCCAGAGGCUCACUACCCCAGCUCUCAGCACCAUCCUGGUUUUUCAGGAGUCAGAAGCAGCAUGAACUAUGCAAGUUCCAGAACCAAUCUAGGUUAUUCGGGAUCCUGGGAAGAACCAGACUACCCUGAAGCUCAGAGCAACUCUGGCCAUCCUGGCCCCAGAGCCAAUUCCAACCUGCCAGGCUCCAGAAGAGAUGUAGGUUAUGCUGGUUCCAGAAUCAAUUCUUACCGAGACACCUUGGAGGAACCCGAUUACCCAGGUGCUGAGAAUCAACCAAACUCUCCCCGCUUUUAUGGAGAACCAGACUAUCCUGGUGCUGAGAACUCAAAGAAUGCUCCAGACUUUUGGGGAGAACCUGAUUAUCCAGGUGCUGAGGAAGAUGAUGGUUAUGGCUCUUCCAAACUGGGAGUCAUCAGGAGGAAGAAUGGCCCCUUGGGCAUGCUAGGGAGAGAGAUUGAAGACUACCCUGAAGGCAUUGAAAUGGCAUCCAUGGCGAUGGCAGGUCCACAGGACCACUCUCCUAGAAAUGGCUAUGUGAAUUCUGCUUAUGAGAGAGGAAGUAGCCCUGCCUGUGCAGAUGGAAACCUGCUGCUAUGUGAGCGUGAUUGGUACACAUCACCCCAAGGACAAAAACUAAUUGCGUCCCUGGUUCCCAUGACAUCCAGAGACAGAAUCAAAACCAUCAGGAACCAGCCGAGGACCAUGAAAGAGAAGAGAGAGCUUAGAAAAAUAGUUGACAAAGAAAAGAGUAAACAGCGCCAUGGCGCCCUAGAGGCCAACUGCUGUGCUCAGUGUCUGAACUCCCUUUCGCUGGCUUCCCGCAGAACCAAGAGCAACCUUUCAGAGCUUCUCAAUUAUGUCAGCUUGUGGCAGAAGACGUUCAAGGUCAUCGGAGGCAAGUUCGGGACCAGCGUCCUGUCCUAUUUCAGCUUCCUGAGGUGGCUUUUGAGGUUCAACAUCUUCUCCUUCGUCAUGACCUUCAGCUUUGUCAUCAUCCCGCAAUUCACCGUGGCCGAGAGGAACACCCUCCAGUUCACGGGGCUGGAGUUUUUCACGGGGGCGGGUUAUUUUAGGGACACAGUGAUGUACUAUGGGUUUUACACCAACUCCACGAUCCGGCAUGGGACGGGCGGACCGUCCUACAACAUGCAGCUGGCCUACAUCUUCACAAUCGGAGCCUGCCUGGUCAUCUGCUUCUUCAGUCUGCUCUUCAGCAUGGCCAAGUACUUCCGGAACAACUUCAUCAACCCCCAUAUAUACUCCAGGGGGAUCGCCAAGCUUGUCUUCUGCUGGGACUUCACUGUCACCCAUGACAAAGCUGUGAAGCUAAAACAGAAGAAUCUGAGCACCGAGAUCAGGGAGAACCUGUCUGAGAUCCGCCAGGAGAACGACAGACUCACACUCCACCAGCAGCUGACCCGCUUUUCUGCUCACAUAGCCGCCUGGCUGGUCUCUACUGGAGUGGCUGCAGCCUGCUGUGCCGCUGUGUACUAUUUGGCUGAGUAUAACUCUGAGUUCUUGAAGACGCACAGGAACCCUGGGGCAGUGCUGUUAUUACCGUUUGUUGUGUCCUGCAUCAACCUGGCUGUGCCUCGCUUCUACUCCAUGUUCCGCCUGGUGGAGAGGUACGAGGUACCAAGACAGGAAGUCUACGUCCUCCUGAUCCGAAACAUCCUUCUGAAGAUCUCCAUCGUUGGAAUUCUUUGUUACUACUGGCUCAACAUCGUGGCCCUGUCUGGUGAAGAGUGCUGGGAGACGCUCAUUGGCCAGGACAUCUACCGCCUUCUUCUCAUGGACUUCGUGUUCUCAUUGGCCGAUUCCUUACUGGGGGAGUUUCUGAGGAGGUUCAUUGGGAUGAAAUUCAUCACAAGUCUCAGCUUACAGGAGUUUGACAUUGCCAGGAAUGUUCUAGAACUGAUCUAUGCACAGACUCUGACCUGGCUUGGAAUUUUCUUCUGCCCUCUGCUGCCUUUUAUCCAAAUGAUCACUCUCUUCAUUAUGUUCUAUGUCAAAAAUAUCAGCCUGAUGAUGAACUUCCAACCUCCAAGCAAGGCCUGGCGGGCCUCCCAGAUGAUAACGUUCUUCAUCUUCUUGCUCUUCUUCCCAUCCUUCACAGGCGUGUUGUGCACCCUGGCCAUCACCAUCUGGAGGUUGAAACCUUCAGCUGACUGUGGCCCCUUCCGAGGCCUGCCUUCCUUCAUUCAGUCCAUCUACAGCUGGAUCGACACCCUGAGCAGAAGGUCUGGCUACCUGUGGGUCGUCUGGAUCUACCAGAACCUCAUUGGAAGUGUGCACUUCUUCUUCAUCCUCACCCUCAUCGUGCUAAUCAUCACCUAUCUCUACUGGCAGAUCACAGAGGGGAGGAAGAUCAUGAUCCGGCUGCUCCAUGAACAGAUCAUUAACGAGGGCAAAGAUAAGAUGUUCCUGAUAGAAAAGUUGACCAAGCUACAGGAUAUGGAGAAGAGAGCCAACCCCAAUGCACUUAUCCUGGAAAGGAGAGAGGUGGAGCAACAAAGCCCUUUGCAUGUGGAGGAACUCAAUGCUGCUCCUGACCUGCGGUUGAGACGAUCAGCGCAAGAUGAGAAUCUGGAAGUCUGAUGACCGUUGAGUGCUGUGGCAGCCGAUGCCGGUCAAAAGGGGGAAAGAAGAUAAAAAAUGAGACAACCUCCAUGACAGCUGGGCCUCGGGAGCUUCCCAGGGGUGGAAUCCAAGCCCGAGGCCAAGAGGAACCUCACCCACCAUGCAAAUGGCUCUGUGAAAGAGGGCACACUUUACUUCUCUUCCAACCCAGAUUGCUGAUUUUUUCCAAAACAAAGUACUUGGAAUUUUCCAAUUAAAACUGUUAAAACAUUGGAAUUAUCCCACAAAUAGCUGGGAAGAGGGAACCUGGAAAUGUUGCAUUUUAUCUUUAAUUUUAAACUAUUUAAUUUUAAAAUAUAUGUCUGCAUGAUGGAUCCUUUAAGAAUCUCUCUUCCCAGACCUGGCAAUGGUUUAGAAACUGGUGCUAAGAAAAGUUGUCCAUAAUGAAUAAAAAUGUGAUCCUUAA